GUAUGUAUGUAUGUAUGUUUGUAUGUACAAUAUAAUAUGCCCUGCAAAAGAGUAUAGUCGUAGCCUCCCUGAGUCGCUAGCUAGCUCGCUUUGUGCAUGUGAAACACCCACACUUCUUAUUUCCCAUUAACCACAGAAAGCAAGAACAAAGUACUGCAAAGCAACGGUACGUUUAGGAAACGGGUUUGUUCUCGUCUUCUUUUUGAUCGUUUGGCGAUGCUAGGCUUAGAACGUCGUUACAUAGGAAAUGAUAUGCAAAAAGAACAAGUGACAAAAAUUCUAACUGUUUUAUUUCGCGUUCUCUUUCGUCGGUUGGCCUUGCAGUGCUAACAAUAGGUUUUUUCAUUGAUGUUGUUGCUUUUGUGCAGAUGGUAUUUCAUGGUAUUAAAAUAAAAACAUUACGCACAAGGCCGGCCGUUAAUCGGCUCGUGAACCACGUAGAUUGUGACGUCAUUUCAUUCAUCGUUAGUGAAAAUUUGUACUUCUAUAAAAGUCAAGAAGGGCUCGAACGAUUUGAAUGAUUCUUUUUUUUGUUUGUUCGUUGUAAAGUUGUUGCUAUGCGCUUCUGGAUGAAUAUUUAAACCUUUUUCCGUGUUUUGGUAUAUUUUGAUCCAUCUGUUCUUACAUUUCCUAUUCGAAACUGAACUUUGACUAUAAUCCGUAAAAGUCAAUUAUAGGUACAUUUCAGUAAAUGCCAGAUAAAUGUUUUAUAUAUGUUACAUUGUCUGUGCUUGUAUAUUGAUAUUUCAAAUUUCGUGCACUUUGAUGUUCAUACAAAUUUUGUAUAAUGAGCUGCGGCAAUCGAAAUUGGCUGCCCUUCGGGUUUUGUGGGCAGCUCCGGAGACCCUCAAAGACAUUGCUGGAACCAAAAGUAACUCAACUACCAAUUAUAAUGCCGCCACUUAUAAUGGCCAACGUGCUCCACGCAGGGCGCAUUUUAAGUAGCUUCGGUAGAGCGUCGGCUUCUUGGGUAUAAAUAUGCGCUGCAUGGCCUUAGUUUGACAUCAGUUAGCAAUUCGCUUUCAACCAGCUAUCAACAGCAAGUCACCAAACAACAAAAAUCUAAAAUCAAGAUGUUCAAAUACGCCGUUGUCAUUUGCGCUUUGAUUGCCUGCGUUGCCGGCAAGCCGGGAUUGCUGCACGCACCGCUGGCUGCUCCAGCUGCCGUCUUUGCUGCACCCGGUCCGGUGGUGACUGCUGCCAGUAGCCAAGUGGUGGCCAGAACAUUCAAUGGCAUCGCAACUGCGCCCGUGUUUGCUGCCGCCCCAGUUCCAGUCGCUCCCGUUCCAGCACCAGUCAUCAGGGCUGUGGCACCAGUGGCUGCUCCUCUGGCUGCUCCAGUUUUCAGACAUGUGGCCACUCCCUUCGCUGCGCCCAUCAUUAAGGCUGUUGGACCAGUCGCCGCUCCAUUGGCUGCUGCACCCAUUGCCCAUCCGUAUGCGGCUGCCUAUGCCCAUCCCUAUGCGGCACCGGUGUUUGCCAAGUACUCUGCCCCGUUGGCUUAUGGACCAGCUCCGUUGGGCUAUGCCGCAGCUCCUGCACUGUGGUAAGAGCCAAAGCUCAGCAAGGAUUAACAACGUGUGUGUUCAAUGACUGAUAGCCUUUAAUAAAAAUCGUUCAACUUGGUAUAAAAAGUAAAAA